AUGAAGCAAGUUAAAUUCGUCCCACACCAAUCUCAAUGGACCGAUGAAGAGUUUCAAGCCAUGGUUGAAGGCGUUGAGAACGACAUAGACGGCGAACUUGAAGGAGCUCAAACCACAAUUGCAACCAAAAUUGCAGGAGUCAAGGAACAGAUAGCUCCACUUAAAGCUACCAAAGCUACUCUUGACCUCAUGGAUAGUUACCGUUUAGAAGUAAAGA